AUGGCUGAUGAAUACCCAAGCAACAGAAGACGCAGUGCUUCAACUCUGGCAAACAACAUCCAGUUCACACAUACAAGAAGCGGUGGAGAUGAGGAAAGAUCGACAAGUAAACCAACAUCACCAUUUGGAUACAUGAAUAAGAAUGGAUCAUCAUCAACUCUGCAUUCUAUCACUCAUACACUGUCCAAUGUUGGUUUUAACUCUGUGAAUACAUCAGUUACAAGUCCGGAUCAAUCUUCAACUAAUAGUAUCACUUCGCCAACAUCAAGGAAAUUUGAUAAUGCAUUAAAUAGAGCCAAAAUGUUUGCAAGAAAUAAGACAAAAGAACUUACAAAGGGAAGGGACCCUGAUAGACCACAUCAUUUCCCACAUCAUAGUAGGCUGAGGAUAAAUACUCAUCAUGGGUUAUCAUCAAGUGCAUCAAAUUCUAAAGUUGGUGAUUCUGGAUCAACAUUAUAUUCAUUUGAUCCAUCUGCAAUAAUUGAUAAUGAUGGUAUGAAACAUCUAACAUCUGAAACUAAUCUGAGGAAUUUAUCAUUUGAAGAAAAAGAUCAAAUUGCAGAUAACUUAUGGUCAACAAUUACUACAACUACAAUUCCAUUAUUUAGAGCUGAAAAAUCUAAAUCUUUAAAAUUGAAAACUCCCAUAGAAGAUUUGAAUAAAAUGGUUGAAGUGUUUUUAAGAUUAAGAAUUGAAAAUAAAACAACUUCAAUGUCAUUAGUUAGUGAAGUUCAAGAAUUUUUCAAAAAUGGAUUAAGUAUUAUGGAAAAUGAACUGACAUUUAAUGAAUUAACUACUGAAGGUUCAUCAUUCCAUAGAUUAGCAUUUACAUGGGAUUAUUUCCUUACGAAUGUUUAUCAUUAUCUCUUAGCUAUAUUUCUCCCAUUACAAUUAGAAUUUGAAGGGAUAGGAACUGCAGUUAAAAAUCCAAAAGAAUAUUGGAAUGAUUUCUCAGAAUUAUCAAUGGAAUUAACAACUUCAAAAUUAAUAUUAUCAUCAUUUAGAGAUUUUGUUGUUAUACCAUAUUUUGAUAAUGAAUUAAGUAUCCAAGAUGUUCAAGAGUCUGAAAAAAAGAGUUUAAUUCAAUGUUUUGGUAUAUUACAAUCUAUUAAAUCUUCAAAUUAUAAUCAAAGAAUUAUUGAACAUCUGUCCUCCAUUUUACAACAAAACCUGGGUCAGUUGAAGAAUGCUUGA